GAAUGGAUAUUCAAAGUUAAAUUACCCGCCAAAUUCUCAUUGCUCUCAAUUAUUACUCCCAUACCCACUUCGAUAUUAUUAUUAUUACUUUUUUUUGUGAUCAUGCUGCUGAUAAAGCACGACAAGUUGUUUCAUCUUCUUUAUGUGCUUAUUGUGCUUCUGUUGCUCAUGAAACUUGCACCUGGGUUCAUUUCUGGAGUGAAAGGGGCAACUUUCGGGUGCAUAGAGAGGGAGAGACAGGCCCUUCUCAAGUUUAAAGAAGACCUUAUUGAUGACUUUGGUCUUCUUUCAACCUGGGGAAGUGAAGAAGAGAAGAGGGAUUGCUGCAAAUGGAGAGGAGUUCGAUGCAACAAUCUAACUGGUCAUGUUACUCAUCUUGAUCUGAGUGGCUUUAACCUUAGUCAGACGAUUGACUGGCUGCAAGUGCCUAACAAGCUCCCUCGCUUACAUGAAUUGUUGUUAAGACAUUGUAGCCUUUCAAUUAUCGGUUCUCCAUCUCUUUCUCUUGCAAACCCCUCUGAAUCUCUUGCUAUCGUUGAUUUCUCUGAUAACCAGCUUACGUCUUCAAUAUUCUAUUGGUUGGCCAACUUCGGUAACAGCCUUGUUGAUCUUGACCUCUCACAUAACCAUUUACAAGGUUCAAUUCCAGAUGCUUUCAAGAACAUGACUUCUCUUAGGACCCUUAAUCUAUCCUCUAACCAAUUACAAGGCGAUUUGAGUUCAUUUGGGCAGAUGUGCAGUUUAAAUAAACUGUAUAUAAGCGAAAACAAUCUCACUGGAAAGCUGUCUCAGUUGUUUGGAUGCGUGGAGAACUCGCUAGAAAUUCUACAACUAGACAGAAAUCAGCUUCAUGGUUCAUUGCCUGACAUCACAAGAUUCACUUUCAUGAGAGAGCUGAAUCUCUCUUGGAAUCAACUGAAUGGAUCUUUACCAGAACGAUUUAGUCAACGUUCUGAACUUGUUUUGUUGUACUUGAAUGACAACCAACUCAUUGGAUCACUUACGGAUGUUGCGAUGCUUUCAUCAUUGAGAGAGUUGGGGAUCAGUAACAAUCGAUUAGAUGGGAAUGUUUCUGAAAGUAUUGGAAGCCUAUUUCAGCUCGAGAAAUUGCAUGUUGGAGGGAAUUCCCUAAAAGGUGUGAUGUCUGAAGCUCACUUUUCAAAUCUCUCCAAAUUAACGGUAUUGGAUUUAUCUGAUAACUCCCUAGCUUUGAAAUUUGAGUCUAAUUGGGCUCCCACUUUUCAAUUAGAUGACAUAUUUCUUUCGUCUUGUAAUUUGGGUCCUCCUUUCCCUCAAUGGCUUCGAAAUCAAAAUAAUUUCGUGAAUCUGGAUAUCUCGAACACUGGAAUUUCAGAUACAAUCCCUGAUUGGUUUUGGAACUUGUCCAAUUCCAACUUGCAAUUGUUAGACCUUUCUCACAACAAGAUGAGUGGAUUUUUGCCAGAUUUCUCAUCAAAAUAUUCCAAUCUCCAACACAUAGAUUUGAGUUUCAAUCAGUUUGAGGGCCCAUUACCACUUUUUUCAUCAGAUACCACAUCAGCCCUGUUUCUCUCUAACAAUAAGUUUUCUGGUCCAGCUUCUUUUCCAUGUAAUACUGGAAGUGGUAUCUUGGGUGGCCUUGACCUCUCAAAUAACCUGUUGACGGGAUGGAUUCCUGAUUGUUUAAUGAAUUUCACAAGUCUAGGUAUUCUGAAUUUGGCCAGCAACAACUUUUCAGGAGCCCUUGCAGGUGUAACACUGACGGGAGCCGUUACAUGUCUAACACUGACGGGAGCAUGUCUAAAAUCUUCAGGAGCCCUGACAGGUCUACCAUCUUCGGGAGCCCUGACAGGUCUACCACUUACGGGAGCUCUUACAUGUCUAACACUGACGGAAGCAUGUCUCAAAUCUUCGGGAGCCUUGACAGGUAACCUUGCAUUGUGCGGGCAGCCGCUCUUACGGAAAUGCCCUGGAGAUGAGACGAAUCAAAGUCCACCUGCUAAUGAUGACAACCGAGGCAAAGAAGUCGUCGCUGAUGAAUUCAUGAAAUGGUUUUGUACUGCUAUGGGAAUUGGUUUUAGUGUAUUGUUUUGGGGAGUUUCAGGUGCUUUACUGCUAAAACGUUCCUGGAGACAUGCCUAUUUCCUGUUCUUGGAUGAAUCAUGGGACUGGCUCUGUGUGAAGGUAGCACUGCGCAAGGCACGAAUUCAACGAGAAUUUCAGAGGCUGCGAGAGCACGUUCUUGCUUAGAAGGAUUGCAAGGAGCUGCAGCUGGGUGCAUGACAGGUCCUCUUUGUCCAAGGAGUUCGUUUUGUUAGUGCACGUGUUUGCUGGAGCUACAUCGUCCUUUACCUUGGCAACUUCAUCGUCGUCUACUACUACAAGUUUGAAAUAAGGUUCCAUUGGAGAACUCUUUGUACAGCUGCUGGGGUUUAUGGGAAACUAUGAAAGUGAUUAUGGAAUCUCAAAGUUGGUUUUUAUGUGAAUUUUUUUUUGGAAUGUUUUUGCAAAUAUUUAGUUCUUACUUAACAGUGUGAAGCUGGAACAUAUCCAUUCUCCAAAUCAAAAAAUUAUGCCUGUGCUUGCUUAUUUUGCUACAGAAUUUAAUUAAAAACACAUGUAAUUUACUUUUUUUAUUUAUCUGCUUUUGUUUAA